AUGACCCUCCACGGCGAUUCGCAAGCUGGAACGCUCACUCGAGCCUCCUUGACCAAGUAUCUCGCGUUGGUCGAAAUAGACGCCGAAGACAGUAGCGGAUUUACCCCCCUCGCACUUGCCGUCAAGAAUGGCCACCCCAGCGCCGUGAAGCUCCUCCUCCAGAAUGGAGCGCAAGCCGGCAAGCCAGUUCGCGAUGGGCGCACGCCUCUCUACCUCGCUGCAAAUGCAAAACAGAACCGCCCACGAGUUGUUGAGCUUCUUCUAGGUGCGGAUCCGAAACCACAGAUUGAUGCUUCCAGCCCGGAUUGGAACAAUGAGACGCCGCUGAUGGCCGCCAUUACUCAGGGAAGGGACCCUGAGGUCGUACGCCUGUUGACCGAGGCCGGUGCAUCAUUGACAAAGACUAACGACCGAGGUGAAACUGCUGUUGCACUCGCAGACCAGACGACAAAUCCGGCCAUAAAGAAUGCCCUCAACCCGAAAGCCCCACAGGGUGGAAUCGGCUCUGCGUUGGCCCAACUGCUUGUCAGCGCUGUCAUGUUUGCUCUGGCGUAUGCCGACAAGUGGCCGGGAGUGAAAGACAUUAUCCAGAAUGUUAUUCGUUCCGCAUACAACCAGGCUAAUCCGACGCCGCCUGGCGCGAAACCUCCCCCAGGGACAGAUAUCGACGACCCGCAAACUGUUGAAGAGUUCCAGCACAAUAUCGGCAACAUCAUCCAGAGCAACGGUCUAGAAGAUUUCUUCCCACCAAAUGAUCCUUACGUUCAGCAGGUGGCCCAGCUCGCUGCCACGCUGCGAAAGGAUCAGACGAAUCACCUUAGCUCACCUCCUAUGAUUAUGAGACUGGCCAAGGCGGCAUUGUACCAGACUGUUUUGUACAUUGAUGACAGCGGUUCCAUGGCAGAGGAUGGCCGAAUGGACCGUGCAAAGAUAAUGGUCACACGGCUUACCAGACUUGCCACAGCCCUUGUGCCUGAUACGAACAUUUCCAGCGGCGUUCACCUGCGAUUCAUCAACAAGGAUGAUUCGACGGCCAACGACCUCCGUGAAGCCGCGGUUUCGCAGAGGAUGCAAUUCACCCCCGAGGGCUGGACAGAGCUCGGGACAAACCUCGAGAAGAAGAUUCUCCAACCGAUGGUUUACGAUAAUCUCAACUCCACCGGAGUCUUGCCCCGUCCUCUUAUGAUCUUGAUUGUUACCGACGGAAUGCCGUCGAAAGAAGACGAAGGAACAUUCCGCAAAACGAUCAUGAAAUGCAAGGGAGAGCUCACGAAGAAGGGCUACCUCCCAGCCGCGGUGCAGUAUGAUCUCAGCCAGAUAGGGAACGCGCCUGAGGCGGUUAAGUGGAUCCAAACGUUUGAUAGUGACUCGGCGGCGAAAAAGCUCGUUUACUUCAGCACAGAAAAUACCGAUUCUCGACUGUCUGAAUUCAAGGACAACGACGCGGGUCUCGAUGAUUGGUUGAGCAAAAAACUACACCAUGAGCCCGUGAUACGGAAGAAGACGACUCCAUGA